GCUCACGUUCACAAAUCUUAUGCGACUUGCGAGAUUGUUCGGGGGAGUGUGGCUGGUCUUUACAUCCUGUUGUGAAACGGCGUGUUUGAGGUUUUGUUGUGUGCGUGCUGUGUGUCUGAAAAGUGUGUUUACGGUCAGAGCGAGUUCAAGUAUGAAGAGAGGCAAGAAGGCAGAGGAGGCAGCUACUGCAGAGGGGGAGAACGACACCGGCUCUGCUCCUGCAAAGAAAGGGAAGAGUGCUAAGGAACCAGAGGCCCCGAUACUGUACGAUGAUCCUCCUGACAAAAUGACGAGCAAAGAUGGACGUGAAGCCAACACGAAGAUCACCUCCUGGAAUGUCGAUGGACUGAGGGCCUGGGUGAAAAAGAAUGGCCUGGAUUGGGUACGUGAGGAGAAUCCAGAUAUUUUGUGCCUACAAGAGACGAAGUGUGCAGAGAAAGACCUCCCUGCCAACAUCACCUCAAUGCCUGAGUACCCGCACAAGUACUGGGCUAGCUCAAAUGAAAAGGGGGGUUACAGCGGUGUGGCCAUGCUCUGCAAGACUGAGCCCCUCAACGUGACCUAUGGAAUUGGGAAAGAGGAGCACGACAAGGAGGGCCGGGUCAUCACUGCCGAGUUCCCCAACUUCUACCUGGUGACCGCCUAUGUGCCAAAUUCCAGCAAAGGCUUGGUGCGCUUAGAUUACCGUAAAACCUGGGAUGAGGACUUCAAGAUGUAUCUAAGCGAGCUGGACAUCCAGAAACCUGUGGUACUUUGUGGUGACCUCAACGUUGCACACCAGGAGAUCGAUCUUAAAAACCCCAAGGGGAACAAGAAAAAUGCAGGCUUCACCCCCGAGGAGCGUGAGGGCUUCAGUCAGCUUCUGGAAGCAGGAUUCGUCGACAGCUUCCGCGAGCUUUACCCCGAGCAGACCUAUGCCUACACCUUCUGGACCUACAUGAUGAAUUCCCGUGCAAAGAAUGUUGGCUGGAGGCUUGAUUACUUUUUGCUUUCAUCCUCUUUGGUGCCAGGUUUGUGCGACAGCAAGAUCCGGAACAAGGCAAUGGGAAGCGACCACUGCCCCAUCACUCUGCACAUUGCUGUGUAACUCACUGAGUGGGCAGAAGGGUCUCUGCUCUGCCUGUCGUGCACUGUCAUUUAAAUACUUAAUUUCUGACUGCUGCCAGCAACCGCUCCAUUUGAGUUCAGCCACACUUGCCCUAUGUCAUUCAUUCAGUAAAGCCAGCACUGUAGUAACUCUGUUAUUUACUUUUUUACUUGUAUUUGUCCUCUUCCUGUUAGUGAACAUAGUAAAUGAAUCCAUUCAUUUACACCUGAAUUUACUUUUUAAUUUCUGUAAAAAUACAACACUAAUGUGAUGACCAACUGUAAAACCUGAUGACUUUAUGCUACUGCUGAUCUGACACAAGUUCAUGUUUGUCAUCAUUCAAAAAGUUUCAAAUUGCCAUCGCCAUAAUGUAUAUGUUGUAACACAAAAUGUUUAAGCUUUCUUUCCCAACCAGACUGUUGAAAAACAUUUGGCUCAUUUCUGAAUAAAGACUGAAUUUAUAUAAA